AUGGGCUUUUAUACCACACUCCGGACUUACUGCAGGAUCCUCAUUAUUGUGCUCACUCCACUGCUGCUGCUACCACUUCCAUUACUCAUUGAUACAAAAGAAGCAAAAUGUGCUUACACAUUGUUUGUAGUUGCUGUUUACUGGCUAACAGAAGCAAUGCCACUUGCAGUGACUGCUCUCAUCCCAGCCCUGAUGUUUCCUUUAUUUGGCAUUAUGAAAUCCAAAACGGUGGCCUCAGCAUAUUUCAAAGACUUUCAUCUCUUGCUAAUCGGGGUUGUUUGUUUGGCCACGUCGAUUGAAAAGUGGAAUCUGCACAAACGCAUUGCUCUGAGGAUGGUUAUGCUGGUAGGAGUCAACCCGGGAUGGCUUAUGCUGGGGUUCAUGGUCAGUUCUGCCUUCCUGUCUAUGUGGCUUAGUAACACCUCCACUGCUGCCAUGGUGAUGCCAAUAGUUGAGGCUGUUAUUCAGCAGAUUCUAAAUGCUGAAGCUGAGGUUAAUGUUAUGCAGAUGAAAAAUAUGGAUGGAACAUCUAAUUUAGGACUACAACUUGAUGAGGAUGAAGUAAAACAUGAAAAAAACACAGAAGCAGCGCCUAAACAAGCAAUGGAAGGAAACUACAUAAGCAAGAAAGAUCAGAUGAUGUGCAAAGGAAUGUCACUGUGCAUUGCAUAUUCUUGCACCAUUGGAGGAUUGAGCACCAUAACAGGAACAUCCACCAACCUUAUUUUUGCUGAACACUUCAAUAACCGUUACCCAGAUUGUCAGUGCAUUAACUUUGGAACUUGGUUUGUUCUCACCUUCCCGAUAACUAUUAUCAUUCUGAUUCUAUCCUGGGUCUGGCUGCAUUGGCUUUAUCUUGGCUUCGACUUUUCCGGAAUGUUCAGAUGUGCUAAGGACAAAUCAGAAAAAGAGAAAGCCUCUUCAAAAAUCAUAAAAGAUGAAUAUAAACAACUUGGUCCAAUAAGCAAUCAGGAACUUGUUACACUUGUUAUAUUUAUCUUAAUGGCGCUGCUUUGGUUUACAAGAGAUCCUGGAUUUGUUCCUGGAUGGUCAUCACUCUUUCCUCAAUACAAGGGUUAUGCAACAGAUUCUACUGCAGCGUUAAUUCUCGGCCUUCUAUUUUUCAUCUUUCCUGCAAAUAUGCCCACCAGCUCUUCAUCUGUCAAAAAGAGUGAUUUACCAUACUCUACGCUGAUUACAUGGAAGGAAUUCCAGUCCUGCAUGCCCUGGGAAAUUGCUCUCCUUGUGGGCGGUGGGUUUGCACUGGCACAGGGCACUGAGGAUUCUGGACUUUCUGCGUGGGUUGGAAGUAAGCUAACUCCUUUAGGAUCCCUUCCUAUUUGGGUAACCAUUGUAGUGUCUAGCUUAAUUGUAACCAGCGUGACUGAAGUUGCAAGCAAUCCAGCAACUAUCACAAUAUUCCUGCCUAUACUGUCUCCUUUGGCUGAAGCCAUCGGUGUCAAUCCUCUCUAUAUUUUGAUACCAACUACAUUAUGUACAUCAUUUGCAUUCUUGCUCCCAGUGGCAAAUCCACCUAAUGCCAUUGUCUUUACCUAUGGUCACCUACAAGUAAUUGAUAUGGUAAAGGCUGGACUGGGAGUUAACAUCAUUGGAGUUCUUGCUGUCAUGCUGGGUGUAAGAGCGUGGGGAGUCCCUCUUUUUGAUCUGGAGACAUAUCCAUCCUGGGCUCCACCACAUUUCUCUGCCAACAUGACUGGCCCAUAAAUACUGAGUGAUAUGUAAUGGAGAGCAAGGCAAUGACACUCACA